AUGAAUCAAAGGAAUACUACAGGAGUCCUAGAAUUCCUCCUCCUGGGUUUGUCAGAGGACCCAGAGCUGCAGCCCCUCCUCUUUGGGCUCUUCCUCUCCAUGUACCUGCUUACUGUGUGGGGGAACCUGCUCCUCAUCCUGGCCGUCAGCUCAGACUCCCACCUCCACACCCCCAUGUAUUUCUUCCUCUCCAACCUGUCCUUGAUGGACAUCUGCUUCACCUCCACCACCAUCCCCAAGAUGCUGCGCAACAUUUGGACACAGAACCAAGCCAUCACCUAUGCGGGCUGCAUCACACAGGUGUACUUUUUCCUGUUCUUUGUUGUGACGGACAACUUCCUGCUGACCGUGAUGGCCUAUGACCGCUAUGUGGCCAUCUGUCACCCCCUGCGUUACACGGUCAUCAUGAACCCCCGGCUCUGUGGGCUGCUGGUUCUGCUGUGCUGUACUGUGAGUGUACUAUACUCUUUGCUACAGACCUUAAUGGUAUUGCAGUUGUCCUUCUGUGCAAAGGUGACAAUCCCUCACUUCUUCUGUGAACUCAAACAGAUAGUCCAGCAGUCCUGCUCUGACAUUUCUCUCAAUGACUUGGUGACAUACAUUGUAUCUGCACUGCUGGGUUUUGGUUCUUUAUCUGGGAUCCUUUACUCUUACUCUAAGAUCGUCUCCUCCAUAUUGAAAAUUGCCUCAGCACAGGGGAAGUACAAAGCCUUUUCCACCUGUGCUUCUCACCUCUCAGUUGUCUUUUUAUUUUAUUGUUCAGCCUUUGGAGUCUACCUGAGCUCUUCUGGAACCCUCAGCUCCCACUCAAGUGCAGUUGCCUCGGUGCUGUACACUGUGGUCACCCCCAUGCUGAACCCUUUCAUCUACAGCCUCAGGAACAAAGACAUCAAGGGGGCUCUAGAAAUAGUCUUUAGAAAGCAAAGCAUAAAAUGGUUUGAUGGUUGA